UUCGCAAUGUCAGUACUAUUUAGUUCAUUGAGCGAACUGCGCACAGAAACUAGACUGGAAAAUGACGAGGAUACUUUGCUUAUUUGGGUGCCUAGCAGUUCUAUAUCUUAUAACACCCACGAUUGCCGAUGUGGAUGGAACUGUGUCGCCAAUCAUUGGCAUCCUGGCACAGGAAGUGCAUUCCGAUAGCAAAAUCGCCCUGCAAUAUAAUGCUACCAGCUAUAUUGCCGCCUCAUAUGUGAAAUUUGUGGAGGGUGCGGGUGGCAGAGUGGUUCCCAUUUGGAUCGGUCGUAAUCAGAGCUACUAUGAGAAGCUGUUGCAGAACAUCAAUGGUGUACUGUUGCCUGGUGGUGCAACCUGGUUCAAUCAGACUAAUGGCUAUGGCGAUGCUGGCGGGCACCUGAUCAGGAUUGCCAAGCAGAUCAACGAUAAUGGCACCUUCUUCCCAGUGUGGGGCACAUGCCUCGGCAUGGAACUGCUCGUUUUUAAAAUGGCCAAUGGCAUUGAGACGCGCAGUGACUGCGAAUCCUUGGGAGAAGCACUGCCCCUGGAAUUCAAACAGGAUUACAAACAGAGUCGCCUCUUUGAAGGUGCAAGCGAUGAGGUUAUAACAGCACUGACUAAUGAAAAUAUCACCUACAACUAUCAUCGUUAUUGCUAUACGGAGAAGAGCUUUGAUGGACCACCACUGAACAACUCCUGGCGCAUAAUGUCCCUGAACCACGAUAUACAUGGCGCUGAGUUCGUCUCCUCCAUUGAGCAUCUAAAAUAUCCGUUUUAUGGCGUCCAAUUUCAUCCUGAGAAACCUCUUUAUGAAUUCGUUAGUGCCAAAAUUCCACAUACCGACUCGGCGGUGAAGAGUUCCCAGUAUUUUGCCGAUUUCUUUAUCAGCCAGGCGCGUCAGAAUCCUCACAAAUUCGUCAAUAGCACAGAACAGCUGAGAUCAUUAAUAUACAACUAUAAUCCAAAAUAUACAAUGCUUAUGGGUUCCGGUUAUGUUCAGCAAUAUCUCUUCAACUUGGAAGCUGGCGAUGGCUAUGGCGGCGAUGAUGAUAGUCCCUAUCCCCAGCCCUAUCCUUAUCCUCCUAAGGGCGGCGGCGCUGCAACACAGACUAUCGAACUCGUCACCGUUGCGGCAUGCGCUUUUUCUGCGCUCUGUGCCACAAAGAAAAAUUAAUAGUGAGCAAUCACAGUUUAUUUAAAAAUCUUUUUUUUUUGUUUUUUUUUGUGUUUAUUUAUCAAUAAAUAUGGCUAUAACU